UGCAGUGAGAAACAGAUGAUUCACGUCCAGUCUGGUUCGAGGAAGGCUCGAGGCAGCCACAAGAUGAUUGGUCUGAUUGUUCUCACGCUCCUGGGAGCUGCAGCUGCAGCCCCUAUGGACGACAAGAUCGUAGGCGGCUACGAGUGCACCCAACACUCCCAACCCUGGCAGGUGUCUCUCAAUAUCGGCUACCAUUACUGUGGCGGCUCCCUCAUCAACGACCGCUGGAUCGCCUCCGCUGCGCACUGCUGGCAAAACCCCUACUCCCAGAUUGCAGUCUUGGGGGACCACCACAUCUGGAUGAACGAGGGCACGGAGCAGUACAUGUCGGUGGACGCCAUCUAUUGGCACGAGAACUACGACUACACCACCCUGGACUAUGACAUCAUGCUGAUGAGGUUGGCUCAGCCCGUCACCGUGAACGAAUACGUCAGGCCCGUCGCCCUGCCCAAAGCCUGCCCCGCGGCCGGGGACAUGUGCACGGUGUCCGGAUGGGGCAACAUCUACACUGAUCAAGUGUUCAACCCAUUCUACCUCCAGUGUGUGAACGUCCCCAUUAUGUCCCACAUGGACUGUGAAGGCUCCUACCCCGGCAAGAUCACCGACCGCAUGGUGUGCGCUGGAUACCUGGAGGGAGGCAAAGAUGCUUGUCAGGGGGACUCCGGUGGUCCUCUGGUGUGUAAUGGCGAGCUGCAUGGUAUCGUCUCUUGGGGCCAAGGCUGCGCUCAGCCCAACUUCCCGGGCGUUUACACCAAAGUCUGCUCUCUGUUGCCCUGGAUCAACAACAUUCUCACCACAUACAGCUAGACUGUGAUCUGCCAUCAAGGAACGGCAUGGGAGAGGGGAACCAGUGAGAGAGAGAGAGAGUGAAGGAGACAGGAGGUGGUGGUGGGUGGUGUCAGAGGGGAGAGCAGCUGAGAGAAGAAACAGAGAGAGAGAGAGAUAUGUGUUCCGUCAGGCACAGUCAAUAAAAUCUUCCAUUUUA